AUGGACGGUGCUGACGUAGACGAAGGAGGGGGACCGGGAAGGGAAGUGGGGGCGGGUGAGGGCGAAGAGGAGGAAACAGGGAAAGAGUCCGAGGCAGGGGAGGAGGCAGGAGAAGAGGAGGAGGCAGGAGCAAGGCUGCUUGAUGGGGGAGCAGUAGAGGGGGGAGCAAAGGAGGGGGCAGUAGAGGGGGCAGAGGAGGAGGCUGCAAGAGGGGAAGGCGGGGGCGAAGAGGAGGGAGAAGAAGAGGGAGCAGAGAAGAGCAUGGCAUGGCAACACGUAUCAGAAGACGUGGCGCGGCAUGGCAUAUCACAUAGCAUGUAUGGCAUGACAUAUCACAUGGCAUGGUACGGCAUGGCAUAUCACAUGGCAUGGUAUGGCCUAUCAUAUCACAUGGCAUGUUACAACAUGGCAUAUCACAUGGCACGGUACGGCAUGGCAUAUCACAUGGCAUGGUACGGCAUAGCAUAUCACAUGGCAUGGUAUGGCAUGGCAUAUCACAUGGCAUGGUACGACAUGGCAUAUCACAUGGCAUGUGGUUAUGACCUGUCAUAUCACAUGGCAUGGUACGGCAUGGCAUAUCACAUGGCAUGGUAUGGCAUGACAUAUCACAUGGCAUGGUGCGACAUGGCAUAUCACAUGGCAUGGUACGGCAUGGCAUAUCAUAUGGCAUGGUACGGCAUGGCAUAUGACAUGGCAUGGUACAGCAUGGCAUAUCACAUGGCAUGGUAUGGCAUCAGAUAUCACAUGGCGUGGUAUGGCAUGGCAUAUGACAUGGCAUGGUAUGGCAUAGCAUAUCACAUGGCAUGGUACGGCAUGGCAUACCACAUGGCAUGGUAUGGCAUGGCAUAUCACAUGGCAUGGUACGACAUGGCAUAUCACAUGGCAUGGUACGGCAUAGCAUAUCUCAUGGCAUGGUACAGCAUGGCAUAUCACACGGCAUGGUAUGGCAUCGGAUAUCACAUGGCGUGGUAUGGCAUGGCAUAUGACAUGGCAUGGUAUGGCAUAGCAUAUCACAUGACAUGUUACGGCAUGGCAUAUCACAUGGCAUGGUACGGCUUGGCAUAUCACAUCACAUGGUACGGCAUGCCAGAUCACUUGACACGGGGCAGGGGAUAUCCUUGA